AUGCUUUCCAGACACUUUGACCCCGUUAUGUCUCUCCCCUUAGAGGUAGUUGGGAUGAUCUUUGAGUAUUUAACUAUGCGUGAACGAGUACUUUGUCUUGCUGUGAGUAAAAGCUGGAACAUCUUGCUAGAGUCCGCGAGGUCUUUGUGGACUACAGUGUACACAACCCGUGAAUGCCAGCCCAUUCCAUUAAAGGCACUGAAAGAGUAUCUCAGACGCUCUCGAUUUACAGUAGAUAGCGCCUUAAUCCAUCGAAUAUCAUUCGCAGAUAUACCAAAUAUGGAAUAUCUUAUGGACAAAUGUCACGGGUUGAGGGACCUAAGUAUCUAUGGCGAUGGAUCUUUUUGUCAGUCAUUAGGAACCAAUCUAGCUUCAGCCAAAGGGAUUCAAAAGCUGCACUUGUCCCAAAAGACUCCGGUAUCUGUUCCAACUAUGAUCAUGGCACUCAACGCUUGUCGGAAUACAAUACGAGAGGCAAAACUUUUGUGCGUCACUGGGAAUAAUGGCGAAUCUAUCGCUUCAUGGCCUGAAAUGAAUUCUCUAACCCGUAUCCAUCUGGACUUUUGCAACAACGGCUAUAUUAAAAUUUUAGGUUUAAUUCAAGUCACUCCUAAUAUCUGUUCUGCCGUAAUAAAUAAUUGCCAGUCGCAAGAUGAUUCUCCGCUCGACUUGACACUCUGGCCUAACCUAGAGACGUUAGACCUCACGGAAACCCAACUUGAAUAUUUUCCUAAGCUCCCACUGAGUUUAAAGCAUCUAGUGCUCGACGGAAGUUGUGAUGUAUAUUACACAGACAAAUACGGUAUAGACAUUUACCCACUUCCACUUUUGGAGACCUUAUCCUUUCAAUACUGUAGGAUUGAUGGUCCAAGUAUAUCCACAUUAACUGAGAGCUGUAUAAGAGCUAACAACCUCAAAAUACUGCUCUUAGGUGGAGUUGAAGGACCUUAUCCUUUAGAUCAUCCAUUCAGUGAUUUAUUCCCCGCAUCUGCGACGGUAGAGGAGCUCUCGAUGUCUGCCAUGGAUUUAUUGGACGAAGAAGUUAUUGAGAUAACUAAAUUCUAUCCAAGUCUGAAGAAAGUUGAUCUCUCCUACAAUGAUAUCACUGCAAUUACCAUCAAUGAGCUGGUCAAGAUCGGAGUGAAGUCUAUCAAUAUCGAUGAAUGUUCAAAUGUGAACUCUGACACCGUUGAAAUGGCAAGGGCAGAAGGCGUGUAUGUUUCUCACGAAUUUAUAGACGACUCGCCCUUUUAA